UCACACCGAGCCCAGCCCCCAACACGCCGAGCCUCCCAGCCUUCCUCGGCUCCACAAGGGGAGGGAUGCGCGGCAGUUUGUGAAGCUCCUUGUCUCGCUGCUGGCGUUUUACCUUCGUCGCAGUAAAACAACACUGACUGGGCAGCUUGUUUUGCAAUUUGUGGGAUGUUGCCACGACACAGAAUAGGAAGCAGGUGUUUCGGUAGUUUUUGUUACACUACUAGUGUUAGCUAACGCCAGUUAGCACAAAGGCGUCCAGUCCAGUCUGCUGCUAGCCGAGAGGAGCUAACGGUUACUAGCUUGCUAACAACACAGCCGGUGAGGACGAGCUCAUCCUCGGGCAGAGAUACCCAGGUUAAUCUCUGCUGACUCGAACCGUGGGUAAUGUUAGCUGUUGAGUGGUUGCAAUUCAUCCGUGACCUCUGUCAGGUGGUUGUGUUAGCAGUCUCCACUCAUGACGAAGACAGUUAAAGAAACGUUUAUAAUUGUAAGCUAGCCUUGACAGAGCUGUAGGUCUUAUAUAGGGAUGUUGGUGGUAGCAAAACAAGCUAAUGUUACUCAAUGUGAGUGUAAGAGGUGAGGGAACACUUCAGCUGAGUUGAAGAUAUCCAAUGCGUUUGUGUUUUUUUGCAAUUCCGGGUUGGAUGACACAAUCCUUCAGCACGACUCAACUGAAACUGGGAAUAUCGCGAGCAGAUCGAAGGGAUUAUUUUUGUGUCUCUAAGUGGAUUUCGGCCUCCUGUUCAUCAGGAUCAUCGCAGGAACACAGUAAAUGAUUUGACAUUGAGAGAUCUCACUCCCUCCAAAAAAAGUACACUCUCUCCCAUCGACCUACCCCCCCCCCCCCCCCCCCCCCCCCCCCCCCCCCGAUUCAACCUCCGAUGCGGAGACUGCAGUAGCACCGGCAACCUAAUCCCCUCCGGCGGCCGGACAUGCUGAAGUGUAUCCCCCUGUGGCGCUGCAACCGCCACGUCGAGUCGGUGGACAAGCGGCACUGCAGUCUGCAGACGGUCCCUGAUGAGGUGUACCGGUACAGUCGCACCCUGGAGGAGCUUCUCCUUGAUGCCAACCAACUCAAAGAGCUGCCAAAGCCUUUCUUCAGACUACUGAACCUCCGGAAGCUCGGCCUGAGUGACAAUGAGAUCCAGAGACUCCCUCCUGAGGUGGCCAACUUCAUGCAGCUGGUGGAGCUGGACAUCUCCAGAAAUGACAUUCCUGAGAUCCCCGAGAGCAUUAAGUUCUGCAGGGCCUUGGAGAUCGCAGACUUCAGUGGAAACCCUCUGUCCAGAUUGCCGGAUGGUUUCACUCAGCUCAGAGCGCUGGCUCACUUGGCGCUCAACAACGUGUCAUUGCAGACGUUGCCCAACGACAUUGGAAACCUGGCCAACCUGGUGACGUUGGAGCUCAGGGAGAACCUGCUGAAGUCUCUGCCCACGUCGCUCUCUUUCCUGGUGAAACUGGAACAGCUGGACCUGGGCAGUAACGAACUGGAACUUUUGCCGGACACCCUUGGUGCUCUCCCAAACCUGAGGGAGCUGUGGCUGGACCGUAACCAGCUGUCCUCAUUACCACCAGAGCUGGGGAACCUCCGUAGACUGGUGUGUCUGGAUGUGUCGGAGAAUCAUCUGGAGGAGCUCCCCUCAGAGCUGAACGGUCUCCUGGCUCUCACUGACCUGCUGCUCACACAGAACCAGCUGGAUGUCAUCCCAGACAGCAUAGGCUGCCUGAAACAGCUGUCAAUCUUGAAGGUGGACCAGAACAGACUGACCAAUCUGACUGAUUCAAUAGGAGAGUGUGAAAACCUCACAGAACUCAUCCUGACAGAGAACCUUUUACAGUCGCUUCCUCGCUCGCUGGGCAAGCUGAAGAAGCUGACCAACCUGAAUGUAGACCGCAAUCGUUUGGGCAACGUUCCCAAAGAGCUCGGCGGCUGUGCUAGCCUUAACGUUCUCUCACUGAGAGACAACCGGCUGGGCAAACUGCCGGCUGAGCUCGCAGAUGCCACCGAUCUACAUGUGCUGGAUGUGGCUGGGAACAGAUUACAAAACCUGCCUUUUGCCCUGACAAACCUCAAUCUGAAGGCCAUGUGGCUCGCAGAGAACCAGUCGCAGCCCAUGCUCAAGUUCCAGACGGAGGAUGACGAGCGCACGGGAGAGAAGGUGCUGACGUGCUAUCUACUGCCCCAGCAGCCUUCUCCAAGCCUAGAGAACUUGCUCCAGAACAGUGUGGAUGACAGCUGGACAGACAGCAACCUGAACCGAGUGUCAGUCAUUCAGUUCCAGGAGGAAACCAAGGCGGAGGAGGACGAGGACGAUGAGGCUGCUGCAGAACGCAGGGGCCUUCAGCGCAGAGCCACGCCGCAUCCCAGUGAGCUGAAAGUAAUGAAGAAGGUGAUCGAGGAGAGGAGGAACGAGGCCUACACGUCAAGAGCUGAUGGAGAGGAAGAUUUCCGUGAUCCACAUGAGAAGCGGCUCAGUGAUCUGUCCAAUCAGAGCCAUGACUCCCAGGUGUCCAACAGCACACUGUCUGCCACCUCCCACGAGGAAAGACAGAAUGUGACCGCACAGAGGGAGGACCUUGUGGACGGCCACUCCCAUCAGGAGGAGGAAGAGUUGGAUGAGAUGGAGGUGGAGUACAUUGAGCCCACUGUGCACUUUGCAGAGGAGCCCACCUUCCGAGGAGCAGAAGAGGAUGACGAUGAAGACGGGGACGACGGUGAGAGGAGCGACGAGGACGUAAGGCCGGUUGUCCCCGCCGAGAAGCAGCGUCUGAUCAGAAAGGACACGCCGCACUACAAGAAGCACUUCAAAAUCACCAAGCUGCCCAAGCCUGAGGCCGUGGCCGCGCUGCUGCAGGGCUUCAGCCCCGACGGCCUCAAUUCACAGACGCAGGCUGCCGAGGAGGAAGAGCAGGAUGAGCAGGACGAGGAGGAGGAAGAGGGCCUGUGCACACCGCAGCAGCAUCGCAGGCUGGAGGAGCUGGAGGACAGCCGGCACCAGAGCAACUCCAGUCAAGUAAAGGGGGUGUCAUUUGAUCAAGUCAAUAAUCUGCUGAUUGAACCUGCUCGAAUUGAGGAGGAAGAGCACCACCUGACCAUUCAGAGACAAACAGGCGGCCUGGGUAUCAGCAUCGCUGGCGGUAAAGGAUCAACACCUUAUAAGGGAGAUGACGAGGGGAUAUUCAUCUCCAGAGUGUCUGAGGAGGGCCCUGCAGCCAGAGCAGGGGUCAAAGUGGGAGACAAACUUCUAGAGGUGAAUGGAGUAGACCUCCACGAAGCAGAACAUCACACAGCAGUGGAAGCUCUCCGUAGCUCCGGUGCGGCAGUUUCAAUGACGGUGUUGCGCGAGCACAUGGUGGAGCCAGAGAACGCCAUCACCACCACACCGCUGAGGCCGGAGGAUGACUACUUCCCUCGGGAGAGGCGGAGCAGCGGGCUCGCCUUUAAUUUGGAGGCGACACCGAGCGGGCCUCAGCAGAGGCUCUCCACCUGCCUGAUGCGAAACGACAAGGGGCUGGGGUUCAGCAUCGCCGGGGGUAAAGGAUCCACGCCAUACCGCACAGGAGACACGGGAAUCUACAUUUCUCGCAUCGCAGAAGGUGGAGCAGCACACAAAGACAGCACGCUGCGCGUAGGCGACAGAGUCAUCUCUAUCAAUGGUGUAGACAUGACAGAGGCCAGGCAUGACCAGGCAGUAGCGCUCCUUACCGGCACCUCUCCCACCAUCGCACUCCUGGUGGAGCGAGACCCAAAAGCUCCAGGGGGCUCUCCAGGUCAGUCCCGGGCACGAGCCCACUCCCCUCCACCUCCAGAGCCCUCAGACUCACCAGACCAGGAGGAGGAAGGCCUUCAAGCCAACCACCUAAGCCAAAUGGAGGACGAGUAUCCCAUCGAGGAAGUGAUCCUGAUGAAGUCAGGUGGCCCUCUAGGUCUGAGCAUUGUGGGAGGCAGUGAUCACGCCAGCCAUCCGUUUGGCAUCAACGAGCCCGGGGUGUUCAUCUCAAAGGUGAUUCCUCACGGCCUUGCGUGCCAAAGCGGACUACGUGUUGGGGACCGGAUACUGGAGGUGAACGCCAUCGACCUGCGUCACGCCACACACCAGGAAGCUGUGCGUGCAUUGCUGGCCAACAAGCAGGAGAUCCGUAUGUUGGUACGGAGGGACCCCUCGCCGCCUGGGAUGCAGGAAAUAAUGAUCCAGAAGCAGCAAGGAGAGAAGCUUGGUAUCAGUAUACGGGGAGGUGCAAAGGGACAUGCAGGAAAUCCGUUUGACCCCACAGAUGAAGGAAUCUUCAUCUCUAAGGUGAGUUCAAGCGGCGCAGCAGCAAGAGAUGCCAGACUGCAGGUGGGCAUGCGGAUCCUGGAGGUGAACAACCACAGCCUGCUGGGGAUGACGCACACAGAGGCGGUGCGAGUGCUCCGAGCUGUGGGAGACUCUCUGAGCAUGCUGAUGUGCGACGGCUUCGACCCACGAAAAGUAGCUGCUGGGGAGGCAUCUCCUGGUAUCAUCGCCAACCCAUUCGCUGGGGGCAUUGUCCGUAAGAACAGUAUGGAGAGCAUCUCCUCUAUAGACCGAGACCUGAGCCCGGAGGAGAUAGAGAUCAUGCAAAAGGAGUCUGAGAUGGUGAGAGAGACAUCGCAGUGGGAGCGAGAAGAGAUGGAGAAAGUGGAGCGUAUGCGUUUGGAGCGUGAGGAGGCAACUCGCCUGCUAGAAGAGGAGACCGAGAACAUUGGCACUGGACCUCUAAAACUUGACUACAAAACCCUGGCCGCACUGCCCACCACCAGCCUGCAGAAGGUCAACAGGGCACCUUCCUCUGAUUUUACCCGGACUGAAAGCCCGAUCAGAGAAGCCCCGUACUCUCCCACAAUUCAACCGGCAAACAUUCAUUACACCUCCACUCCCACUGCCAGGGAUGAAUCCCCAUCAUCAACGCGACCAGGUGCCAUCCAGCCAGUUGGGCGUGUGCGGCCAAGUGGCUCCCCCUCCACUCCGGACAGCCACAGUCCAAACCCUUUCCAGCAUGGCCCCUCCCCCUUCAACUCCCAGACCUCUCAGGACCUGUACGGAGUGAGGAACAAUUUCCACCUCAAGCAGCCUUCUCCAGAGAGUCCUUCUCCCAGCGGUAAGAGCAGCCCGGAGCAGCGCUCAUUCAGGGACAGACAGAAGUAUUUUGAAAUCGACGUGAAGCAGCAGACCCCAGAAAAACCCAAACCUCGAGUCUCUCUUGUUGGAGAAGAUGACCUGAAGAAAAUGAGGGAGGAAGAAGAGAGGAAGUUUGAGCAGCGAGCGAGGGAGUAUCUGCUGGAUGAAGACGAUGAGGAUGAAGAGGAGGACCUGGCAAGGCAGGUGGCGCACAUGAAGGCUUCUGGCAAAGUGCUGCUGGAUGGAGUGGAGUACAAGGUGGAGCCAGUUACCCCCACAUCGCAGCACUGCCCCACACCACCGUGCUACAACGUCACACCACCGAGCUACUGCGGCAGCUCAGGGCCGUCCUCUGUUGAUGGGAAGGGAGACUCUCAGAGGAAUUCACUGGAUGACAGCUUCAGGCUUGAGCAGAGGCCCAACUCCAUGACGGGUUUGAUACCGGUGUACCCCGGGGAGUCCGCGGCUCCGAUCCGCACAGCCAAAGCCGAGCGCAGACAUCAAGAGAGGCUCCGGAUGCAGAGCCCUGAACUUGCCGUGGCCUCUGACAAGGACCUGUCCCCUGCUGAGAAACGAGCGCUGGAGGCUGAGAAGAGAGCCAUGUGGAGAGCAGCACGAAUGAAGUCUCUGGAGCAAGACGCACUGAAAGCUCAGAUGGUCAUCGCCAAGUCUCGUGACGGGAAGAAGCGUGGCACACUAGACCAGCUGACGGAGUCACCCUCACCUGUCCCAACACCUUCUCCAACACCUAUGGAAGAGCUCAGUCCUCGAGGACUAACCUCUCCAGGCAGGCUGUCCCUGUCUUCAAAGAAGUUUGACUACCGACAGUUUGCUGCCAUUCCUUCUUCCAAACCCGUAUACGACAUCCAGUCCCCUGAAGCAGUCGAUGACUUGCAGUUCAUUGAUGACGGCUCUAGUAACCCAGGGCCUGCUGCCAGCCCCGAGGCCGAGGCUCCCUCCCCGAUACCUGCAACCUCAGCCCUGGAGGAGAUGGCUCUCUACAGCAACAAGCGCAAACUGAGGCAGGGCCGCCGCAGCCUGGAAACCGCAGUGCCCACGUAACACCUCACUUUUGGGAGAAAACUCUGAAGACACAAUCCUAAACACACACACACACACAUUUCACACACACUGUGGAACGCUGGUAACACCACAGGGCAUCUACAGGAGGUGCAGAGUCACUAACACACUACACAGAGUGUCAGUAGAAGAGAUCACUCUCCUAUAUAACCACUGCAGAGACUAUGAAGCUGAUAGUCACACACUCACUCACUUAUAUCCUGCGUACCAGUCUUGCCUAUACAGUCUGUGGAUGAGCUGGCAGGUCGCUCAGCAGUCCCUCAACGGCAAGAGAAACGCGAGUGUGGUUAGCUAGGAUCGCUUCUUACAGACCAUUAAUCUUUUUUUGUUCUUCACUCGGUUUUCCAAGUAGAAGCAGAUGUAUUUUUAAAAAGAGGUGACAGAAGAGUUUAGUUUUUAUUUUUCACACCUUCAAUGAGUUGCUGUUUUUUUUAAGAAAAAAAAAAAGUCAUACUGGAAAAGAAAAGAAAUGGGUCAUAGCUAUACUAACUUGUUGAAUGAUAUUUUUAGAAUUUCAGUGAAUAGAUUGUAAAAUGUCAGGGCGUUCUUUAGAUUUGGGCAGACAUGAGUGUAAAUAUUAAUUUAGGAGGGAACAUCCUGCUACCUUCAUGGGCACAAAUCAUACAGAGUCUUCGGGGAAACAAUACGUAUCUUUUUUUUUUUGCACUGCCACACGUCAGCUUUUUAACGAUAUCUUAAGUAAUUUAUUGUUUUUAUCAUUUUACUCAAAUUGAAGGCCUUCUAUUUUACACUAUUUUAACCCAUUGGGAGCUUGUUGUGUGUUAUCAGAAGCAUUUUUAAUCAAAGUUAUUAGUUACACUCUAUCACUUUAUGGAUCUUUUUUUUACUCAAUGCCUUUUUUUUAAGUACAUUUCAAAAUGAAAUUAGUAGACUCUUGUUACAUUCCCCUUACAGAGAGAAUAAGACAACAUAUCACACGUUUUUCAUGACAUGCCCUUUAAGCAUCAUGUAUUAACCAACGGUACUCCCCCCUGUCCUGUUUCAGAUAUCGCUUUCCAUUUAUUUGAAGUUUCAUGUCUAUCAUUAAAAUAUCUGGAGGUGUUCCAGACAUGACGUGAAGGUAGCAGGUGUUUUUAUAUUUCUGUCUAUGAUUAAUUUAAAUCUGAUGCCACUGAAAAAUCAUUUAUUAUUGUGUGAAUAAUGUACAAAUACUGAAAGUAAAACAAACUUAGGGUUUGAAUCUGAGCCAGUCUUGACCUAAACCAAGCGAGUGUCUGAACUGCUGAUGCGUCUGGGUUUUGGGACGGGCUUGGUAUGGACGCUCUCUGCGUGUAUAUUGGUUUGUAAAGUGGGAGAGCGGAGAGAGAGAGAGAGAGGCCGAACUGAUUAGAAAUCCCUCUCAAGACAUUGAUCUCAUUCAUACAUUCAGCUCACUGCUUCACAUUCUGUCAGUUUACGUAUCUGAUGGGUAUUUUUUUUCGCAGAAUCACAGCAUAGUAGCAUUUCUUUUAAUUUAAUGUAGGGUCUUCUAAUGAUAGCUUUCUAUGUUGCUCUCACUGACUGAAAUUCAGUUUGUUUCAUAAUAUUUGCAAUGGCUGAUAUCUUUUUUUUUUUCUUAAACUUACAGUAGGUAAUCUUUUUUUUCAGAUGGGUUUCACUACAUUAUUAAUGCAGUGUUUCAAAGUUUUGUGUUUUAUUCUUUUGUCUUGAGUUCUCUUUGGGGCUUUUUCUUGCAAAUAGUUCAGAGGGGAAGGGGUCAGAAGUCCCGGGGGGUCAAGGGUUAGAGCUCACACAAGACUGUAACUAGUGAAUUUGUACAACCAAAGAAGUCUAUUUUGUGGUUCAGGAAUAAUAAAUUUUACUUUUCAUUUAAGAAGCUGA